UUGACACGCACAGCAGUCCCCACUUCCGCGCCUCGCCGCCACAGAAGAAAGGAAGAGCAGAGGAGCAGUAGCACACACCAAGCAAUCGCAAAGACCCAAAUUUGACAACAAAGCGAUGCUCGACACCUUUCUCCUCCUACUACUACUCUCCACCCUGUUGCCCACCGCCGUCCCGCUGCCACCACGCCCGCCGGUGCGAUGCGGCACCGGCACGGCGGGCUGCGUGCUCUCCAACGCCUACGGUGCGUGGUCGAGCGACCGCGUCGACUGCCCCGUCGGGGCCGUCACGUACCCGUCGUCCGAGAGCGACGUGGUCGCGGCCGUCGCCGGCGCCAGCGCCAAGAACAUGCCCGUGAAGGUAGUCAGCGGGUUCGCGCACACCAUCCCGAAGCUGGCCUGCCCCGGGAACGGCAGCAGCGCACCCUCCCUGCUCAUCAGCACGGCGAGGUACGACGCCGUGGCGGUCGACGCCGUGGCUCGGACGGUGACCGCGGACGCCGGCGCGCCGCUGCGGGCCGUGAUCGAUGCGGCGGAGGCGAGCGGGCUGAGCCUGACGGCAGCGCCCUACUGGGAGGGGGUGAGCAUCGGAGGGCUCGUGAGCACGGGUUCCCACGGAAGCUCCUGGUGGGGCCGCGGCGGCGCCGUUCACGACCACGUGGUGGGGCUCAGACUUGUCGUGCCCGCCGGCGCGGCGGACGGGUGGGCCAAGGUGAUGGCACUCGAGAAAGGCGAUGCCCUCUUCAACGCCGCUCUCGUCUCCCUCGGCCUACUUGGGGUAAUCUCCAAGGUCACUCUGGCUCUAGAGCCGAGUUUCAAGAGAAGCAUAAGCUACGACUACAGGGACGACUCAACGUUGCAGGAUGACUUCGCAAACCACGCCGCGAGCCACGAAUUCGCUGACAUCACGUGGUACCCGUCCCAGCACCAGGCAGUUUACAGGAUCGACAACCGCAUGCCGCUCAACGCCACCGGCGACGGCGUCAACGACUUCAUUGGUUUCCAGUCCACGCUCAUCGCCGUCUCCUCGGGAAUCAGGGCUCUAGAAACUGCAUUGGAGGCAUCCAGGAGCGUGAAGGGCAAGUGCAAGAUGGCGGCGGCGGAGAUCGCGGCGAAGAGGCUGAUCGGCAACGGGCUGCGAGGAGGCCUCCUGUUCACCGGCUAUCCCGUGGUAGGGUUCCAGGGGAAGAUGCAGACGUCGGGCUCCUGCGCGCACUCGCCGGUCACCGAGCCGCUCAGUGCCUGCCCCUGGGACCCCAGGUUCAGGGGCCUCUUUUUCUACGAGAGCACAGCGGUGUUCUCGCCACCGGCACGGUUUCGCGACUUCGUUCUCGACGUCAAGCGGCUGCGCGACCUGAACCCGGACAACAUGUGCGGCGUCGACGCCUACAAUGGUCUUCUCAUCAGGUUCAUCAAGAGGUCGGAUGCCUGCCUCGGCCAGCCGGAGGACUCCGUGGCGUUGGACUUCAACUACUACCGUGCCACCGACCCGUCGUCGCCUCGGCUUAACCAGGACGUGUGGGAGGAGGUGGAGCAGCUGGCGUUCGUCAAGCACGGAGCGCGGCCGCACUGGGCCAAGAACAGGCUAGUGGCGUUCCAGGGCGUGCAGGGCAAGUACCCCGGCUGGGCCAAGUUUGCCGCGGCGAAGCUGCAGCUCGACCCACGGGGGUUGUUCGACAGCCGGUGGUCCGACGAGGUCGUCGCCGGGAAGGAGGAGCAUCCCAAGGCCGACGGUUGCGCUCUUGACGGCCGCUGCAUCUGCUCCGAGGACAGGCAUUGCAGCCCGAGCAAGGGGUACUACUGCAGACCGGGGCUGGUUUAUUCAGAGAGCAGGGUCUGCCGGUACUCGGUUUCGCAACUAGUCUAAAUUAAACGAAACCUGCCCUACUGCUGACUGCUGAUUCUUAAUAUAUGUUCAAAAAAAAUAUUGCUGUAUUUUUUUUCUAUUUU